CUGACCAGAUGCCUAUUCAACAUGGGAUAAAUAUGAUUGAACUAUUAGCCAUCCACACCUUUAUGAAUCUUAAAGUCCUCGAAGCCAUUGGCCCAACCCGUUCAAUCUCGCUCGACAACUAUCCAAAAACCACAGAAGCACGGGAUUCACUCCUGGGACGAAUGGCCCGCCCUCUCGCAGCCACCGGCUUUAUUGACCAAGUAGAAGUCCAAUCCUGACAUCCCAACAGCAGCAAACUAGAGUA